UGAUGCUCUCUGCAUCCUGCUUUCACACAGCUACAGCAGGAGGGAGGGGAGCUCGAAGCGCGACUGGGAAAUCAUCUCAACACAGGAGCAAAAUAACAAUUUUCUUCGCUUUAGUCCUUUGAGAUAGAUGUAAACAUUUAAUAUGACCGCAGAAACAAAAGGAGCUGAUGUAGCCUAUUCCUGACUGUUCACUCAAAACGUCCGGAAACAGCGCAAAGCGGCUCAGUGAAAGUCUCACUUUACACUCCGUGAAGGUAAAGCAGGAUAACCAGGAGACCAUGAGCGCGCAAGUCAACGACCCCGAGAGUAUACUGUGCUACCAGAGGCCUGAUGAGGAGGUGGUGGUAGAUCAGGGAGGAACCAGCUCUGUGCUGAACAUCCACUAUGAGAAGGAAGAACUAGAAAGUCACAGGACUCUGUUUGUUGGGGUCCGGAUGCCCAGGCAGAGCCAUCGUCACCACAAAGGUCAUGGUUCCCGCCACCGCAAGAGAGACAGAAGGGCAAGCAGCAUUGCAGCACAACAAAGCGAGGAGCAUGAGACAACCAGUUCUAGUCAUGACACACCAUCCCAGCGGGUCCAGUUCAUUCUAGGCAAUGAGGAGGACGCUGAACACAUGUCCCAUGAGCUGUUCACCGAGCUGGAUGAGAUCUGUGUCAAGGAUGGCAAGGAUGCUGAGUGGAAAGAAACAGCCAGAUGGCUGAAGUUUGAGGAAGAUGUGGAGGAUGGUGGAGAAAGGUGGAGCAAGCCUUACGUUGCUACGCUUUCCCUCCACAGUCUAUUUGAGCUGCGCAGUUGCAUUAUCAACGGCAGCGUAUUGCUUGACAUGCAUGCUGACUGCAUUGAAGAGAUCGCAGGUGGCAAUGUGUCAGAGUGGUGUUGA